CAGCUGAACAUGCGAUGGUCUCGUCAUCAGCGCUAAGUGACGUAGACGGCGUAGUAGAUUGAAUGAGCCGGUGAGCAGAGCACGAGAGACUCGCCUCAGCCUCAGAAAACGGUCAAGACGCCGAGGAGAGGGACACUAUGAAGCUGUGAAGCGGUUCUUUUUCACCCGACGCCGACAGAUAUUACGACAUAUAAAGGGAAAGUGAUUAAUUGUUCCAUAGUCUUGACAGCACAAUGGCACGAGGAGAGGGCGCGGAGCAGUGCCCGGCGGCUUUAUUGGCAGUCAAACCUUUAAAUACAGAAGACAAGACGGCAAAGCCACGGGCCCAGAGAAAUCGCCUGUCUGUGUGGAGCAAACUCUGCUAUGCCAUCGGCGGGGCUCCCUACCAGAUCACGGGCAGCGCCUUGGGCUUCUUCCUCCAGAUCUACCUGCUGGAUGUGGCUCAGCUGGACCCUUCCCAUGCCUCCAUCAUCCUAUUCGUGGGCCGGGCAUGGGACGCCAUCACAGAUCCAACUGUGGGUUUCCUGGUGAGCCGGAGUAGAUGGACCGGAAUUGGCCGCAUGAUGCCCUGGAUCCUUUUCUCUACUCCAUUUGCCGUAAUGACCUACUUCCUGAUCUGGUAUGUUCCUCCUUUUGAACAAGGGAAGAUCUACUGGUACCUCAUCUUUUACUGCCUCUUCCAGUCGAUGCAGACGUGCUUCCAUGUGCCAUAUUCAGCCCUCACCAUGUUCAUCAGCAAAGACCAGAAAGAGAGGGACUCUGCCACUGCCUAUCGUAUGAUGGUGGAGGUGCUGGGCACUGUUCUGGGCACUGCAAUCCAGGGACAGAUAGUAGGAGGCGCCUCAAAUUGUCCCAAUGAGACUGAUGUCAUUGACAGCACGAACUUGAAUAAAAGCGAUGUGCCCAGUGAUGUUACGCUGGAUGAGACGAAACAAGCUUACCUGAUUGCGUCAGGGGUCAUCUGCAUCAUCUACGUCCUCUGUGCCAUAGUCUUGGUUUUAGGUGUGAAGGAGCAAAAAGAGACCAAACGGAAAAACUCCAUGCCCCUCACCUUCCGUCAGGGCCUGUGGCUGGUGAUGAGUCACGGACCGUACAUCAAGCUGGUUAUCGGCUUCCUCUUCACCUCCCUGGCCUUCAUGCUACUGGAGGGAAACUUUGCCCUUUUCAUCACCUACGCGCUCGGCCACAGGAAGGACUUUCAGAAUAUUCUCCUGGUCAUCAUGCUCUCUGGGACUCUUACCAUCCCAUUAUGGCAAUGGUUUCUCACUCGGUAUGGGAAGAAGACUGCAGUUUACUUUGGCAUGACUUGGGCAAUACCCUUCAUGAUCCUAAUCAUCUCUGUCGAGAGCAACCUGAUCAUUUCCUACCUGGUCUCCAUGGCUGCAGGUGUGAGCGUGGCGGCAGCUUUCCUCCUGCCUUGGUCGAUGCUCCCUGAUGUAGUGGAUGACUUCAAAGUUAAUAACCCGGACAUCCAUGGUCAUGAAGCACUGUUCUACUCCUACUAUGUGUUCUUCAUCAAGUUCGCUUCUGGUGUAUCCCUGGGUAUCUCUACUCUUAGUAUGAAAUUUGCUGGGUAUGUAACUGGGUCCUGCUCACAACCAGAAGCAGUCAGUUUAACACUGAAGGUGCUGGUCUCUCCUGUGCCCGUGUUUCUUAUCAUUGUGGGACUGUUGAUAUUGAGGACCUACCCUAUUGAUGAGGAUAGGAGGCAGGGCAACCGAAAACUGCUGCAGGAAUUGCUGGAGUCUUCGGAGUCUGAAACCUCAGCGCUCGGGAGCAGCGUGUAAGCAGCUGAGGACAAGCCAGCCGCCGCUUACUGUACAAGUUUGCACAAGCUGUGGAGGGACACAACCACCAACUAUAAUGAGGAGGGACCACAGACCAUUACUACUGCUGCUGCUGCUCAGACAUCAGCGUCCACCGGCUCCCUAGAUUGGAUCACACAGGUUAACGUCGCCCUCUGGUGGCCGACCAGUUUCAGCUUGUGUAUGUGAUGGAAGUAUUUUCUGUGGUUCUCUAUCUUCUGCUGUGUCCCAAUUGAACGUUGUCCGCAAAAACCUAAAAGGCAGCUCACAAUAUCUCCAGUUUAGAGUCGGUGUCUGUUCAUCUUGUUUCCACCUGCAAUAUACCUUUUCCUUCUUUCAUCAUUUAGCUGAAAAACUGCACCGGAAUCUGUCCAUAUUAACUUGAAGAAGUAUCUACUACUGAACUGAACAAUACAAUCAUUUCAAGAAAGAUAAAAGAAGUUUUCAACAACUAAAGCUUCUAUAAGUGUGAGACUAAGACUCAUGGGAGCUGUAGUCUAUUUUUUUUUAUCUGGAUGGAAAUCAAAGAUCUUUUCCAAAGAUGUGUCCUCUACUGUUAACUGAUACGAUCCUGCAGCUGUCUAUUUGUUAUUAGCAGCUCCUUCAUUUCUUUGUGCAUUGCGCUGUGGGACAUUAGUAUUCAUCAACUCUGUUAUUACACUCCUCCAGUGUGAACGCACUACAUACUGUGGUUACAAUAGCAUGGUAUUGGGAUACAGCUUGUGAUUUGUGGUUUUGUUUAUGAAGUAUUUGCUGGUUUACAAGAUUGGACCUUCACUCAUGCAGGAAGGUCAUGAGCACAAGGUUACCUUUAAUGUUUACCGUGUCUUAGGUCAGCCGUUUGUGACUUUUCAUUCAGAUGGUGCACUGACAGAAAUGCACAGUAUGAGCCCUUAUUUAUAAAGGGCAUACCAGCACUAUCCCACUAAUUGGAGUUUUAUGCGGCUGUGCUACAAUUUCUACUUUUCAUUAGGUGUUUCCUGAGCAUAAUGUCAAACACAAGAACCUUUUAAGUGUACUUGAAUCGUCUGAUGGCGCAAAGACACCUCUUGGUAUCAUGCACUGUAUGUAGGCUGAAACACUGCCUUACACACACAUCUUGUGUAUUUAGUUGCGAUGAGAUUUUUCUGUCGGUUAAUUUUGUUGCUGAGAGGGGUUUCCCAUCACACCCUUUUGUGCUUUAACAUUUCAGCCAAUCUCCGUGAGGUUGGAUAGACAUUUCCGAGUGUGCUUUUGUAAUGGAGUCAAUUCCAUUAUAAAGUCAUUUCAUUUGACAUGUUCUCACUUCCCAAGGAAAGAACACAAAUGCUUUAUUUAAUUAUUUAUUUGACACAGAAACAUCUAAGGGAUUCUAACUUUUCUUAUGAAAGCACAUGUGUAUAAUAAUUUAUUAUCAGUAAAUUGUUGUUGAUGGUGAUGUGACGGAGUGAGUCCUGUUGAAAACAUCGAAAUGAGAUGAAACUAUCACAAGUUGCAGUCAUGCGAUAAACAAGCUGCUUUUUACAGUGUUGGGACUCAUAAACAGCAGCCCAAACCCAGUUUAUCUGUAGGAUAUGCAGGAGAGAUUUGUCCCCACUUGAGGUUACUCUACCGCAAUGACCUUAUUUAUUUAAAAAAAGAUCCUUAAAAUAUAAUAUAUUCCUGCAUAAUUCUCGGUCUUAGGGGUUUUUAAAUUGCACUUAAAGGACCUACUGGAGCACAUUACGCAUCUCUUUGGUCUCUUUGGUGUUUAUAUGCUGCUGUAUGUAUAAUAUGUAAAUACUUUUUUCUAAGUUGGACCUUGAUGAGCAAUAUGAAAUUCAGUGAAGAGACAAAUCCAAGUGGUGUACAUUUUGUAAUUUUAAGUCUGAAUAAAGUUUGUCAAAGCAGAGAAAAAAAAA